ACAGGCGCCGGCACCGAUGUGGUUGCGCACCUUCUUCUCCUCGGGGCUCUCCAAGUACGUCUUGACCGACAAGAGUGCGCGGGGCGAUGGGCACGGCAAUCACACGCCCGUCGUUCAGAUCUGGUAUCGUAUCCUCUCCAACCUCGUGGCCGCCGUCCUCGUCGCGCUGUCGCUCGCAGCGCUCGCCGUCGUUGUGGCGCAAGGCACGUUUCGCCGCGAAGACGUGCAGUACCACGACCAGGCCAAAGCCUCGUACUGGAACAGCUACGGCGCGUCGUGCAAGCUCAAUCACGCAGGCUGGGUUCCGCACUCGUGCAGCGCCAUUGAGGUCAACACGACCGCGAAUGCCGUUGCGUGGAAUGCCAUUGGCGCCAACGUUGCUGCACGCUUGGCAAUCCCAGCGGGUGCCACGUAUUCGGUGUCGACGUGCUUUAUGGGCGCCACCCCAGAGAUCGGGUGGGCGUCGCUGCAGCUCUUGAUCGGGUACGACGACUUCCCCACGUGCUGCCCCCAAAACGGGUCCCAAACCAUUGCCGGCUUGUUCAUGGUUGAGACGGCGCUGCGCAUGACACACCCCGAAGGCGUGUACCUCGUCACGGGGUUCAUCGACAAAGUCACCACUACCACCAAGGUCUACACUAGUACCGAUGGCUCGACCCACCGCCUUGUCGCCGGGGUCGAAACAAUGCAAGUAGCGCUGAAUGGCACGACGGCCCCCGACCCAAUUGGCCGCAACACGGAGAUACCGUCGUUCCCGCUCGGACGCCGGUACGCAGUCUCGUCCCACAACCAAGCAGUGAUGGUGGCGAUCUUCGACGACUUGGACACGGAUCUCGGCUGGAGCACGGGCCGUGACUCCAAGAUACCAGUGGUCUCGGGCUGGAUCGUCGGGCAUUCGGUCGACAACGGAGACGAGCUUCUUGCGAUGCAAAUCGCGUCCUGCGCAACAAGCCCGUCUUGA